AGCACUGAGAAUUUCAAGUGGAGUAUAUUGAAGUAGACUUUGGUUUCUUUACAUCAUUUCUGUAUUCAAUUUUUUAAAUUCUUUCAUAACCCUUUUGAGUGUUUUUUAACUAAAUUAACAUGGCUCGAAUGAACCGCCCAGCUCCUGUGGAAGUCACAUACAAGAAUAUGAGAUUUCUUAUUACACACAAUCCAACAAAUGCAAUCUUAAGCAAAUUUAUAGAGGAACUUAAGAAGUAUGGAGUUACCACAAUAUUAAGAGUAUGCAAAGCAACUUAUGACACUGCUCUUGUGGAGAAAGAAGGCAUCCAUGUUCUUGAUUGGCCUUUCGAUGAUGGUGCACCACCAUCCAACCAGACUGUUGAUGAUUGGUUAAGUCUUGUAAAAAUUAAGUUUCGUGAAGAACCUGGCUGCUGCGUUGCUGUUCAUUGUGUUGCAGGUCUUGGGAGAGCUCCAGUGCUUGUUGCCCUAGCAUUGAUUGAAGGUGGAAUGAAAUACGAAGAUGCAGUACAGUUCAUAAGACAAAAGUGGCGUGGAGCUUUUAACAGCAAGCAACUUUUGUAUUUGGAGAAGUACCGUCCUAAAAUGUGGCUGAGCUUCAAAGACUCCAGUGGUCACAGAAACAACUGUUGCAUUCAAUAA